CUGCAUUACAUGACUGUGCAGAAUCUGGAAGUUUAGAGAUCAUGAAGAUGCUUCUCAAGUAUUGUGCUAAGAUGGAAAAGGAUGGCUAUGGAAUGACUCCUCUUCUGUCAGCCAGUGUGACAGGCCACACAAAUAUUGUGGACUUCCUGACCCAACAUGAACAGACUAGUAAGACAGAAUGUAUAAAUGCUCUGGAACUUCUAGGAGCAACAUUUGUGGACAAAAAGAGAGAUCUGCUUGGUGCUUUGAAAUACUGGAAGCAAGCUAUGGAAAUGAGAUACAAUGAUAGGAUUAGUAUCCUGAACAGACCUGUACCACAAACACUAAUUAUGGCCUAUGAUUAUGCUAAAGAAGUAAACAGCUUAGAAGAGCUAGAAAAUCUUAUUGCAGAUCCUGAUGAGAUGAGAAUGCAAGCACUAUUAAUUAGAGAACGUAUUCUUGGUCCUUCUCACCCAGAUACAUCCUACUAUAUUAGGUACAGAGGUGCUGUCUAUGCAGACUCUGGAAACUUUAAACGAUGCAUCAACUUAUGGAAAUAUGCUUUGGACAUGCAGCAGAGCAAUCUAGAUCCACUGAACCCUAUGACAGCCAGCAGUUUACUGUCAUUUGCUGAACUCUUCUCCUUCAUGCUGCAGGACAAGGCAAAAGGCCUGCUAGGCGCUACUGUCGCAUUUGAUGAUCUAAUGGGUAUACUAUGCAAAAGUGUUCUUGAAAUAGAGCGGGCCAUGAAACAAAUCCAGUGUCCUCCUGAUCCAAUACAGCUAAACAAAGCACUUUCUAUCAUUUUGCAUUUAAUUUGCUUGUUGGAAAAAGUACCUUGCACCUCAGAACAGGAGCAUUUUAAGAAACAGACUAUAUAUAAGUUUCUUAAGCUUCAGCCUAGAGGGAAGAAUAACUUCAGUCCACUUCAUCUUGCUGUUGACAAGAAUACUACAUGUGUGGGUCGCUACCCAGUUUGUAAAUUCCCCUCUCUACAAGUUACUGCUAUCCUGGUGGAAUGUGGUGCUAAUAUAAAUGUCAGAGACUCUGAUAACAACAGUCCUUUACAUAUUGCUGCACUGAACAACCACCUAGGAAUAAUGAAUUUUCUUAUCAAGUCAGGUUCACACUUUGAUGCCACAAACUUGUAUAAACAAACUGCUAGCGAUCUACUGGAUGAGAAAAAAAUAGCAAAAAACUUAAUCCAUCCUAUAAAUCAUACUACAUUGCAAUGUCUUGCUGCUUGUGUUAUAGUGAAUCAUAACAUAUGCUAUGCAGGGCACAUCCCUGAAAAGCUAGAGAAAUUUGUUUUGCUUCAUAGAUAAUAGUGUGCAGGCACAGAGUGCUGUUGUUGAAGCAUGGCUUGGUGACAAUGUUUUUCUUGUGCACUGUUGCAAUAUAUCAGUAUUCCUUUAGUUUGCUCCAUCAUGCUCUCAUUUUCUAAAGCAAUGUUAGAAUUGCAUCUGCAGAGUUGGUUAACCAAUAUUUGAAUAUGCCAUACAUGAUAUUUUGUGGAUUAUUUAGAAAUAUAGUGCUAUAUUUAGACUCCUAAAAUUGUUUGCCAUUGGUUUGUCUAUUCUGGUCCUUUUUUCCUGUCAGGUGUUUAGGACUGAGUUGAAUAUUUUCCACUGAUUUCUUUUUACUACAACUGUUGUGUGGAUUUUAUACAGUUGGAGGGUCAUCUUUUUUUGGUUUUGCUUGAGCAUUUCUACUUUUACUCUGUUCUUUUUCUAUGGACUUGUUAAUAUUUGCAACUACCAUAAGUGCUUUUUAUCUUCUCUAUGCACUGACUUAAAUGUGACUGUGAUGAACAAUUCUAUGCAGCAGUUGGCCAAUUUCAAAUUAAAUGCCCAUUUUGAUUUGCAGUUUUGUUUGGAGCUCUUUUUGAGCAUGCUGCCUUCAUAGCAUUACAAAUUUUGUACCUACAUAUCUAUAGUAAAAUGCAGCGAACCCCGGAUCCAGGGAAAAAAUUAUGAUGUCUGGCUCCAGAUCAGAAGGCUGAAGGAUAACUUUAUUAAAACUAUACUAUAUUACAUUAAUAUACUAUUUAAAGAGAUACUAUACUAUUCUACAUACUUCUUACUUACCUAUCUAACUAACAAACUCGUGACUCUCUGCUGUGAGUCCAAGACACAGCUGGAUCUGAUUGGUCAUUGAACCCAAACAACCUUCACCAGAAUCCAAUCAAGCAAUCACUUCAGACCAUUACAGGGCCGUGGACUUUCACAGAGGAAGAAGAGAGGAGCCUUCCUCAAACGACCACCAGAGAGUAAAAGAAGACCCCCUAGCAACAGAGGGCACAAGCGCAGAGUACACCCAGAGAUACCGCGGACACGGAAGAAAGAGAGUAUAAAAAGACUGUGGGAAGGGGGAAACGGUGUGAGCCGUUGGCG